UGUAACCCCGAGCAGUGUGUGGGGCAGGGGGCACUGAACUCAUUAAUGGUGUGGCGUUGGUGUGGCGUUUCGUUCGAUUGUCAUUUCAUUGAUUGUGGGUUAAUUGGGAUAUUAUUCUUUUCUUGUGUGUUUCAUUGGCUUGUAAUAUUUAUUAGAGGCCUUUGCAGCUUUUUACUGUUCAACUGUGGCAAGAGGGGCCUUGGGCAAGAGAUUGAGAUAGACAGAAUAGACUGGGAACCGAUGCUGAAAAGGGAUUGGACUUGGAGUGGUCUUGAUUUCUCAAGAUGGAUCAGCUUGUGUCUGAGCCACUGCCGUCCAUGCAGACUGCGUCAAUGACACCGGUAGAAUCAAAGUGGUCUCGGGAGGGCUCUGCUGACGGCAACGAGGAAUGGGGUCUGUCAGAGUGUGUGAGGCGGUCCCAGAGGCGGAGGGACUCCACUUCCAUAGACAGUGGCUCCGAGGGCAUCCUUGAGCCGGCUGUGAAGGAGGAGAUAAAGAUUGAAGUCACUUCACCAAGGGUUGAGCGGCCGUCGUCUCCCUCGGUGCCGGACGAGGAUCCUUUGUCGGACCGCGCUCUGCAGUCUCUGGUGAAGGAGGAAGAGUUCCUGUGUCGGUCGCCGUCACCGUCUGAGGACUUUAUCGGGUUCACUGAGGUGGACCGGGACAGUGCCUGCUUCAACUCGAAUGUUAAAAGAAACCUGCUACUGGGUUUUUCGCUGGACAGUCAAGACUCUACACAAGUCUUUCCUGAAGGCGUGCUCCUCAAAGGUCAACGUCUUGUCAUAAACUACCGGGACGUGGAUGGUCUCCAUGAUGGUUACAUAUUCUGUGACGUGUGCUGCUGCGAUUGGGACGGGGAAUGUCCUGUCCAUGGACCGCUGAAGGUCAUACACGACGCCAAGGCACGACCCGGUAUCGGAGAUGCCGAAAGGGACCUCAAGACUCUGCCGCCUUCUCUCAGCUCUUGUCGGUCGAGUAAUCCAGCAUCUGGCACCGGAGUUUUUGCGGAAAAGAAUCUUUCGGUGCGCCAAAGACUUGGUCCGUACGAGGGCAUCUUGACUACCGAGCAGGGUCAGGCCCGAACCACCGGGUACAGAUGGCAGAUCAAGAAAGGUCACCUUGUGCAUCACUCGGUGAAUGCCGAGGACCCGAGCUUCAGCAACUGGCUCAGAAGGGUCAACUGUGCCCGCUCGGAGGAAGAACAAAACCUAGUGGCCUUCCAGUACCGGGGGCAGAUAUACUUCAGGACGUCAAAGCCCGUUCCGAGGGGCUCAGAGCUUCUGGUGUACUACGGAGACGACUCGGCCCGGGAGCUGACCGUCCACUCGGAGACGUCUGGGGAGGCUGCGACUUCCUCUCCGGCCGGACCGUCAUCCUUAGGUAUUGGUGGUGCACUUCAGUGUCCCCACUGCGACUUCAGAUGUCUCGGAAAACAUCGUCUGGACAGACACGUGAGAAGAUGUCACAUCGCCAGAAACGGCAGAUUUAAGUGCGAGUGGUGCGAGUACUCGACCGACCACUUCAGAGAUAUGAGACGCCAUCGUAGGACUCACACUGGAGAGCGGCCAUUCGGUUGCUCCAUUUGCACGGCACGGUUCACUCAACGGUCAAACCUCACGACACAUAUGCGGACCCACACCGGGGAGCGGCCGUACGACUGCUCCGUCUGUGCGGCACGCUUUGCUCAUCGGUCAGCUCUCACCAGACACAUGAAAACCCACACGGCCACGAUGGAGCGGCUGUUUGGCUGCUCCAUUUGCCAGGCACGGUUUGCUGAACAGCAGAGUUUAAACGCACAUUUUAGGACCCACACGGGAGAGCGACCAUACGGCUGCUCCAUCUGUACGGCACGGUUCACUCGACGAUCACACCUCAACUCACAUAUGCUUACCCACACUGGGGAGCGGCCGUACGGCUGCUCCGUCUGCAUGGCACGAUUCACUCGAAGGUCACAUCUGAACAUACACAUGCGUAUGCACACUGGUGAGCGGCCGUACGGCUGCUCCAUCUGCACAGCACGGUUCACUAGACGGUCACACCUCAACACACACAUGCGUACCCACACUGGGGAGCGGCUUUACCGGUGCUCUGUCUGCACGGCACGGUUCGUUCAACAGUCAAACCUGACGACGCAUAUGCAGGCCCACACGAAGGACGGCCCACACGUAUCACCGGUGUGUUAAAUGGUUUGAAUGGCGGGAUGGAAAGCUGAGACGUGUCGACAAGUGCAUGACCGGCUGCUGUUGUGUUUUAGCUGUAAUUGUCGUCAGUCAGCUUGGUGGCUGCCCGUGUCACGUCUGGUCUCUUUGUGUUUACACAGGGUGAAUCAGUAAUUGUGUUAAAACUGGCCCCUACACAUAGGAGGUAAGGAGUGUUGCUGUUUGGCAUAGUGCCGUAACGCUAUAAUUUGCGAAGAAUAGCUGGGUACGUUAAGAAAUAACGUCUCUUUUUGUGGCCGCAACUCACACCGCAUUCGCAUCAUUUCCUAUGAUCUGCGCAGUCUUUGUCUACAAGGGGUAGACCGAAAGUAGCUUGUGAUAUGUAAAUCUUGCAACCCAAUCCUAUACCAGCGUGGCGUCUGUUACGUACGAGUAGGGGAGACCCGGGAGGUAUGGGCCCCCUGGAGGUAUGGGCCAUCGCAGUUUUGAAGAAGUGUUGCGCAUUU